ACGCCAUUUUCCGGCGACGCGCAAAGUCGCGUCUUUUCGCGUUAAUCUGUAUGUCUGCAUCUAUCCAUCGCUUUCCAGCCCAAAAAGAUCGCCAACAACGAAUUACCUGUCAAGGCCGACAAUGGCACCUUCCGCUAUCGAUCCAGAGCCUGUUUCUGCGCCAGGCGACUCUUUGGGCUUUUUGAAGGAGAAUGUCAAGAAUCUGCAGGAUGGGUCAACCAAAGAAUCCUCCGCUGCAACAGAAACCUCUUCACAUGAAGAGCACCAGUAUCUUGACUUGAUCCGCGACAUCCUGAAGCGAGGAGAGCAUCGUCCCGACCGGACUGGCACAGGGACACUGUCACUAUUCGCUCCUCCACAACUACGCUUUAGCCUUUCAAAGCCUGACCCUUCAUCACCCUCCGCCGAACGAAUACCGGUCUUGCCUCUUCUAACGACGAAACGCGUCUUCCUACGAGCCGUCACCACCGAAUUACUUUGGUUCGUGUCAGGAUGUACCACCUCAAAGCCACUCUCAGAAGCAGGCAUCCACAUAUGGGACGGCAAUGGGUCAAGAGAAUUCCUCGAUAAUCUAGGCUUCACAGAGCGAGAAGAGGGAGAUCUUGGGCCGGUAUAUGGGUUCCAAUGGCGCCACUUUGGUGCCGAGUAUCAAGACUGCCACUCCGAUUACAAUGGCAAGGGCGUGGAUCAGAUAAAAGAGGUUGUGCGGAAACUGAAACACAAUCCUUACGACCGCAGAAUCAUCCUCAGUGCUUGGAACGUCGCUGACCUAUCCAAAAUGGCACUCCCUCCUUGUCACAUGUUUGCGCAAUUCUAUGUCAGCUUUCCAGAUGCACCCAGGGGUGAAGCAGCUCUCAACCAGGCCAACAAGGCCAAAGAGGGACAGAAAGGUCACCUCUCUUGCGUUCUAUACCAGCGUUCCUGCGACAUGGGACUGGGUGUACCGUUCAACAUUGCCUCCUAUGCUCUGUUGACGCAUAUGCUGGCACAUGCCUGCGACUUGGUUCCCGGUGAGCUGAUACACACCAUGGGUGAUGCCCAUGUCUAUCUUGAUCACGUCGAUGCUUUGAAGGAGCAAUUACUGCGCGAACCACGCCAGUUUCCUACAUUGAACAUCAAGCGGGACGACAAAGGCAGUGGUGAGAUGGACGGGUGGAAACUUGAACAACUGGAAGUCCUUGGAUAUAAGCCGCAUGGAGGCAUCAAGAUGAAGAUGAGUGUAUGA